AUCCGGAGAGUUGAUCCGUUACUCUGUCCUGUCGUAGAGCGUAGAAGAGGAAGAGAGAUAGUGAGGAAAAGAAGAAGAAAUUAGCCGAAACAAACCCGGCAAACUGCCUCUUUUCAUCAUGGAACUGACGGAGUUGGCGAAAUACCUGGAUAAGAUCAAUAUCCCGCGUAAGGGCGACAGGAUAUACAAGGACGAGUGCGUUUACUCCUUCGACACGCCAGAUACAGCCACCGGCCUCUAUGUCAACCUCACCACCUUCUUGGGCCUUGGACGGGAGCAUGUUACCCGGUACUAUGAGAACACCGGCAAUCCCGUCUACCUUCAUAUUAAACGUAUUAAGAAGGAGAUUUCACCUGAGGAACAGGGAGAUGGACCUGAAAAAAAAAUUACGCGACUGGCAAUAGGGACAGUAGGUGGAUUCAUGCCUGAUCAGCAGAAGUAUAUCUAUGAAGAGACAUAUCAGAUAGUCAUUCUACCUGAUUUCCUUACUAUUGCUUAUCCAGGGAGCGAGUUGCCUGAAAAGGUGGAACAUGCAGUUAAGACUAUAUUACAAAUGGAAGGUGCAUGGGCGGUGGCACAAGUAGAAGCCGUAGCCAGUAUGUGGGAUGGAGAAGUCAGAGCGGAGUCAAAACAUGCCGCAACUUUGAAGCAGCUGGACAACGGCAAGAAGAUUCCGCCGAGUGGUUGGAAGUGCGAGAAAUGCGAUCUCACACAGAAUUUAUGGCUUAAUUUGACUGACGGUAGUGUGCUCUGCGGUCGUAAGUUCUACGAUGGAAGUGGCGGCAAUGGUCACGCGGAGGAACACUACCGUGCAACUAGCUAUCCUCUGGCUGUGAAACUGGGCACAAUCACAAAAGGCGGUAAAGCCGACGUGUUUUCGUAUGAUGAGGACGACAUGGUAGUUGAUCCGAAUCUGACAAUGCAUUUGUCGCACUGGGGUAUCAACAUUGCUCAGAUGGAGAAAACGGACAAAUCGAUGAUCGAGCUAGAAUUGGAUCUAAAUCAAAAGUUUGGCGAAUGGGUGUCCCUUCAAGAAGCAGCCAGUAAAUUGACACCAUUGUACGGCUCCGGCUAUACUGGGCUGACUAAUCUGGGAAAUUCUUGCUACCUCAACAGUGUCAUGCAAAUGCUGUUUAUUAUUCCCGAUUUCGUUAAAAGAUAUGUCGAGAGAGCGCCAACAAUAUUCGCUAAUAAUCACAACGACCCGGCGUCGGACAUUAAUGUUCAAAUGGCGAAAUUGGGUAUUGGCUUACUCUCUGGCAAAUACUCGGAUCAACCGAGCAAAUCCGGCACGGACGACGAGUCACGGCAGGGUAUUCCACCGCGGAUGUUUAAGGUUCUGAUUGGUCGCGGACAUGCUGGUUUCUUCUCGAAUCGACAACAAGAUGCUCAGGAAUUCCUUCUUUACCUGAUUAAUUUACUCAGUCGCAACAAUCGACAUGAGGUGUGUCCCACGGAAUGUUUUAAAUUUAAAGUCGAGGAAAGAUAUCAGUGUGGCAAAUCUAACAAGGUCAAGUACACCAAUCGUCCGGAAUAUAUCCUGCCACUGCCGAUACCGUUAGAAGCGGCAGUGAAUAAGGACGAGGUAGCUGCAUACGAGGCUCAGAAGAAGGAAGUCAAAGCAAAAGGGCAGAAGCUAGAUUCUAAUAAUCCCGUGAGACCUCGUAUAAAAUUGUCGUCAUGUCUUGAAAGUUUCAGUCGCACGGAAAUUGUGGAACAGUUUUAUAGUUCAGCAUUAAACGAAAAGACGAUAGCACAUAAAACUACCAGACUAGCCAGCUUUCCAGAUUACUUGCUGAUCCAUCUGAAGAAGUUCACAGUGAAAGAAGAUUGGACACCUAUUAAGUUAGAUGUGGCGAUAGAGAUGCCGGACACCGUAGAUCUGAGCUUCUUACGCGGAAACGGUUUACAGUCCGGCGAGGAACUGUUACCGGACGGUGCGACGCCACCAGCGCCCGUUUAUGAUGCAAAUCUUUUAAAAGAAUUGAUGGACAUAGGUUUCCCACCAAACGCGUGCAAGCGAGCUCUAUAUUUUACGCAGAACCGUAAUCUCGAAGCUGCGACCAAUUGGGUGAUGGAACACAUUGCGGAUUCCGACUUCGAUGAACCAUUCGUGCCACCAGGAGUCGACGUUAAAUCUAGCGAAGAUACGUUUGUGCCAGAUCAAGCUGCUUUGGAAAUGGUAAUGAGCAUGGGUUUUACGCGGGAACAAGCGACAAAAGCACUCAAAGCGACCAACAACAAUUUAGAACGCGCGGCUGAUUGGAUCUUCAGCCAUCAAGCUGAGCUUGAUGCUCCAGAAACGGAAAGAAACGCGGCGCCAGCGAAGGAAGCGAAGGAAGCGUUCAGAGACGGAAGCAGUCGAUACAAACUAGUGGGUUUUAUAUCACAUAUGGGUACAUCGACGAUGGUAGGCCAUUACGUUUGUCAUUUAUUGAAGGAAGAUCGAUGGGUGAUAUUUAAUGACGAAAAAGUUGCUUUAUCGGAAAACCCACCGAAAGAGUUAGGAUACAUUUACAUGUAUCAACGGAUCGACUAGUGUAACUGCUGUUUUGUAAAAAGAUGUUGCUUUUCAACAAUAAAAAAAUAAUACAAAUACUUUUUUUAUAUAUUAUGUAUAUUGAAAGUAUAUCAAAGUGAUAAUGUGUUAAAUAAUAUGGUUAGUUUUCACUAGGAACAGUAUAAGGAAAAUUAUAAUACUAUAAGGGAAAAUAAGGGGACAUACAAAGAAUACAAGAUGAAAAUUCCACUUUAUUUUCUAACAAUGGCACAUUCCUCAAUGUGUUUUAAAGCACUUUACGAUUACAAUCGCCGAUGGAAAUAAAGUAAACUCUGUUCUACGAAUAUACAUGAAUUUAAAAAAAAGCAAACUAUCUUGUUUUUAAUGAAUAUUUCAUAAAUGCAUAAGUACCGGAGUAACAGACUCUAUGGCAAUGUAUAACAAGUUCCUCAGCAUGUUAAUUGAAAUAACAUCGAAAUAAUCGUAAAAUAAUAUAUAUGUAUUUUGAUUAAGCUUGAUCGUAUGGAUAUAUUUCCUAUACAGUCUCUCUAAAUCUAAGUACACGAAAGAUCCAAAAUCUCUCUUCGAAAAGGACGCAAUUAAUUUUCGUUCCAUUUGUGUCAAGUUAGCAGGCACUAUGGGUGUGCAUAUAUAUUUUGUCGUAUUGUUCAUAGUUAUAUAUAUAUAUAUAUAUAUAUAUAUAUAUAUAUUUGCUUUGUCGUACUGCUGUUUGCAUUUCUAUGAGUUUAUGUAAAAAAGUCUUUAAAAAAUAUUUCAAUCUGGUAAUAAGUAUAGAAGGCCACAAGCUUACAGUAUAAUUGCGGUUAAUGAGAAACAUUCUGUAUAAUAUCAUUAUAUGACAGUAGCAUUUUAAUUAUCUCAUAUAAAUUAGAUCUCAUGUAAGUUAUCUCACACACUGUAAGUUAAAUCACUGCCACAUUCACUGUUGCAUUUCGGUAAAAUUUGUGGAUUUCACAUCUCGUCCUCUCUUACACACAGGACUUGCAUACAAAUCUAUGAUCUUUUUUACAACGCGCAUUAUAUAUAAGCUAACAAUAUUUAUAAUACAUUAGAGUAUUUACAGAGAAAUGCGUUAUUAUGUGCGCAAUACUCGAUGGAAUAUAUCGCAUCAAGUCAAAUUUCUCGUACACUUUAACAUCAUGCAAGUGACUUGUAUACAUUAUGUAUACAUACGUAAUUAACUUGUACUGCAACAUCUUUUCUUUUUAUACAUAUUCUUGACAAGUAUAUCUAUGCAGGUAUUAUAAUUGACAUUUCAAACUUUUUGCUUUUAUUCGUAAAAAAA